AUGGCUGUACCGCGCCUCAGGAAGCUAACUGUACGAGCUUCAUUACUGGUUUUCAUUGGUUUAAUAUAUUAUUUUAUUCGUCGGCAAAGUUCAGGUGAACCUCCUAGUAAUACUGUGGCAAAAUAUGAGAUAGAAGAGGUUUUCCUCGAAUCAUGGGAUUCUUACGUUAAUAAUGCAUGGGGUUAUGAUGUUUUUCGAGCGUAUCAUGGUACUGGACAUAAUGUGGAUCACGAGAAGCCCAUAGGAUGGAUGAUUAUUGACUCAUUGGACACUAUGAUGAUAAUGUACAAUAAUACCGAAUCCGAGGACCACAAGGUGAGAUUUCGGAAACAUAUUCAAAAGUGUGAAGAUUGGAUACGUGAUGAGUUGGAUUUCGAUGUUAAUAAAUAUGUGAGUGUAUUUGAGACCACUAUUAGGAUUUUAGGCGGGCUUUUAUCAGCAUAUUACUUGUCUGGCGAGAUAGGAGUGGGAGAUCCUGAAGUUUAUCUCACCCAGGCGAUAGAUCUCGGCAACCGAUUGGCUUUGGGUUUUAACACGGCUACUGGGAUUCCAUAUGCUGCAGUAAAUUUGCACACCGGGGCCGGUAUUACAUCGUUGGUUAGCACAGCCGAGUUCACUACGUUACAAAUGGAAUUUAAGUACUUGACUUAUAUUACAGGGAACAAGACAUACUGGCAUUUAGCGGAAAAUGUUUAUAAACCAUUGUUUAAAGUUAAUGAGUUCCCUUCGCAAUGGGAUGGUCUUGUUCCGCUUACCGCUAAUCCUUACACAGGCACGUUCUCUGGUAGAGUUAUUAGUUUGGGAUCUAAAGGAGACUCAUUUUAUGAGUACUUACUCAAACAGUACCUCUUAACCCGCGAAAAGUUGUACUUACAUCUAUACAACAUUUCCAUGAAGGGUGUACAGAAGCAUUUGGUCGACAGGCUUGGCGAGAAUGGCUACUUAUAUAUCGGUGAAUUACAACGUGGAUUUAGAUGGCCGCUCUCGGGCAAGAUGGAUCAUUUGGUGUGCUUUAUGGGCGGAGCGUAUGCCAUGGCCGCUACUGAAGGCUUUCCCAUCGAAGAGGCGCAAAAGCAGCCUUGGUGGAAUGACGACCGAGAAUAUUAUUGGACAAUGGGCCAAGAACUAACUCGGACGUGCUACAAGAUGUACGAAGAGAUUCCAUCAGGACUAGCACCCGAAAUCGUAGUAUUUCGCCAGUCAGUCGAAGAAGAGCACGAAGAUUGGUGGGAGAGUCCAAGCGGACUUUUCUUUGUCAAGCCUACCGAUGUUCACAAUUUACAACGGCCGGAAACGGUAGAGUCAAUCAUGUUUAUGUACAAACUAUCCAAGGACAAAAAAUACAGGUCGUGGGCAUGGAAUAUCUUUCAGAGCUUCCGUAAACAUGGGGCCUAUAAUGAGGAAGACGGCUCCAGAAGUUAUACUUCGAUUGUGAAUGUUCUCGAAGAAGAAGUAGAGCACCUUGAUAAUAUGGAAAGUUUUUGGUUGGCGGAAACCCUAAAGUACUUGUACUUAACAUACGUGGAAGACUUCAGCUUAACCAACAUCGUGUUUAACACAGAAGCCCACCCAAUACCGGUUUUUAAGCAGAGUAGAUUGAAGCAAUUGAAUCUAAAAACCGAUAUUGCUAUUCAUUAA